UUUGCAAUGUGUUUUUUUAUUUGUUAUUUAUGUUUAUUCAACAAUGGUAUCUACUCCAAUUUGUUUAUAGCUACCUAUUGGAUUCCUUCUGCAUUUAUUUUUGUAGCAGUAAUCUAAAUUGCUUUUAGUUCAGUUGACAUAUCUUGCUUGCUACCCGCUUGAUUUUUUGCCUGAAUGAAACUUGAAACCCGUAAAACAGUACAAACUGGCCCAGAUGAUCUGAAUUAUUAACGAAGAAGGCUAUGCAUAACUACACCACACGCCCACCUAAAAGGUGUAGCUGCUGUAUCUUAAAAUUCCUUGCGGGAUUCUCCAGCUAUGCCCCGCCUUAUAUUUACACGCAAACAAACAUUGAAAAGAAAGGAAAAAAAAAUAGCAAAAAAUUUUGUUUCUAACACCAAAAGAUAUAUCUAUCUCCAUUCUUCAUUCCAAUGCUAUGGCCCCAUUGGCUUCAUCCCCGAAGAUCUGCAGCUCCUAAUUGCUCCUCUCCAUCCUUAUAUUAUCAGGUCCCCUUCUACGAACUCUGUGUCUGAAGUAGUUCCUGGUGAGAGCACUGAUACUGUGAUACAAGUGCUCCCUAACUAAAAAUCAACAAAAUGGUUAAUCUGCCCAAUAACUGCAAUAGAAUGUCUUGCAUAUUUUUUUUUUUAAAAAUGCGAUUGUUUCUUUCACACCAGAUAUCCCACAUCAAAGCACUACUAUACAUGUCCCACUUCUACCUUGAAAAAUGAGGCACACAGAAUAAUCUCCAUGAAGACCAUAACUCAUGUACACUCAUAAAAUCACCAGUUAAUGGAUCCCCUUAGAGAAGCCACAUAAAGCCAGUGUCAAAAAAAGAAAAGAAAAAGAGAAUGAGUCUCAGUCUCGACACCACACAAUACACAUAUAUUCUCAAUCACAAUCCCUUUUCCAAUCAGUAUGUCCUUUGUAUUCAAUUUGCCCCUAAUAGACAACCAUAACAAGAUUUUAAUCUUCAAAGGAACAGGGAGCUUCCAAAUACCAGGACAGUCAAAUAUCAAUCCACCAUCAACCAAAAAGUUAUAAAAAGAUAUAACAGAGAACUUACCAGAAGCUUCCCAUGUCCAAGUUCUAAUAUCCUGAUUAUUCUCUAUAUGAUACUCAUCAAUAAUAUUCAUCAUCUCCAAAUAUUGCCACACUAAAUGACCUGUUAGUUGUCUAUGAAAAGGAAUAUACCAGACCCAUCUACCAUUCAGAUAUUUUCUACCAGAAUAAACUGCCAGAAAAGGUUCAACAUCAACAUCAGAUAACUCUGUGAACCUUGAGGCCAGAAACAAGUCUCCAGUCCAUUUGUCUAGCCAGAAUUAAAUUCUUUUUCCAUCCCCUAAUUUAACAGAAUAAAAUUCUGUUGAGAAACAUAGAUGGGUAACCCAUUUAAAUAAUGAGAAGGGUCGGGUUUGGGUCAAGCUUAAACGGGUGAGGUGACCUUUUUAGUCUGGGGUGGAACAUAACCUUUUUGUCUAGAGGGGAAGCACUUUUUUUUUUAAAUCCAAGGGGGUUGAGACAAUUUUACCCACAAUAAAUGCUCAUUUUAGUAACCACGAGUCACACAUAAGCCUUAUACCAUUACUUCUUUUUAAGUCUUUAAGAAAAAGACAAUGUACCAGUCAUUUCCUGUUCAGCACUUGACUGUUACCAUAAAAAACGGAGGGAAGCACAGCCCCUCACGAGAACCAUCACCUCCUUUAGCUCCUUCCUAGAGCAAAUUAGACAAGUAAUUAAUACAAAUAUUCAUCUUUAUUCACUACACUCCAGAGCCUUGUGAACUAUCGAGUCAUAAGAACAAUGCAAUGCACUAUCUUGGAUUCACAAGCCCACAUCUUCAACAACAACAACUGUUUCUAACACCAAGAAGAAGAAGAAGAAUAGUUUCUAAGCUCUGCUCUUGAUCAAAUGGGUAACCCCAAGCCAAAUUGCCCUUCCUUCUUCAAGGUGAUGAUGGGGGAUUUCGCAACCCAAGUGAGAAUCCCAUCUGAAUUCAAGAAGCAUCUUGGAGAAUCAAUCACACAAAGAUCGGUGGUCAUCCGGAACUCUGGAGGCCGGCAAUGGAGGAUCAAGAUGGGCAUUGCUGAUGGGCAUGUCUACUUUCAAAAUGGAUGGGAGAGGUUCAUCUGUGCCAAUUCCAUUACCCAAGGGGAUUUUUUGGUUUUCUUUUAUGACGGUAAAUUCGGUUUUGAUGUAAUCAUUUAUGGAGCUACUUGUUGUGAGAAAGAAGCAUGUGUCGAUGUUCCUAGUGAGAAAGUGACAAUUAAAGUAGAAUCCGAGGGUUCUGGUGAAGAACAAAUUGUGUCACCAAAAGGAGUUGGUAGGAAGAGGAAGGCGAAAAAGAUGAUGACAGAGAAUAAAAUGUGUUACAAGGUCUUGAGAGGUGCGAAGCCAGUUGCUAAUGAGAAGGCUAUGAAAGCUGCGUGUGCUUUCAAGAGUCCUCAUCCUCACUUUGUGACUACUUGCAGGACCGCGCGAACUAAUUACAUGACAAUUCCUCUACAGUUGGCUAAGAAAUGCAAUCUUUAUGAAAAGGACGAAAUCAUCCUUCGUGAUCCUCAUGGUACUUCAUGGCCUGUGAGAUUAUCCACCUGGCGUGAUGGGCGUCUGUGCUUGUCAUCUGGUUGGUCCAAUAUAUACGGAAAGAACAGGUUAAAGGAAGGAGAUGUCUGUGUUUUGGAGUUUGUUCAAGGAUGUAGUGCAAUAAAUGUUCACUUUUUUCGAGCUGAGGAGUAUAAUGCAAUAUCAAUACCAGUAUCACAUGAAAGACCUGGAGAUAUUAAGGAAAGUGUUUCAAGACCAUUGACUGCAGAUUAUAAGGAAAGUGUUGCAAAUGCACCCGAAUCCUCUGAAUCAAGUCGUCCAAAGUUCACCAUACUUUGGAAUUCAAAUCAUUUGUAUCAUGUGCGAAUUCCAAAGAAAGUUGCAAAGGAAGCUCGCCUGAGCAGCUGUCAAAAUACUACUAUAAUUGAUCCUUCCGGGAAAUCGUGGGCUGUGGACAUCAUUCUCCGCUCUUAUGGCCAAUUAGAGCUUGGGAUUGGGUUGUCCUCUUUCUCAAGAGGAAAUAACUUGGCUGAGGGUGACAAAUGUGAAUUUGAAAUUUUCGCAGGAGACUACAUAAGAGUACACAUUAUUCGCGCUGGAGAAACUAACAACUCCGGCACUGAUGAUUAAUGUUGAUGACUUGAUGGUGGAAAAUACAUGAGUUGCAGUUAACGUAUCAAAUUGAACUUGAGAGUUUUCAGAUAUCUAUCUAGUUUUAUGAGCCCACGGGCUAAUUUGUUGUUUUAUGAUAAUAAACGUUAUGUAUUUGUCCUCAGAUAUACUGAAGCCUCCAAAUUUAAUAGCUCGUUGGUAGAGCUUAGAAGGAGCACUUUUUGUUGGUCAAAAGCAUUUGAAGCGCAAGCUGAUACUGUGUAUGAUUUAUUUUUUUAAGGAAUGAAUGAAAUGUUUUAAAAGGAGUUUUUGUUGGUCAGGAGCAUGUGAAACGCAAGCUGAUAACCGUGUAUGAUUUAUUUUUUAAGGAGUGAAUAAAAUAUUGGGAAAAGAAA